AUGGAUGGAAUAGGUAGUAAUAUAGAGUCACGUCGUGAACAUUCACGUAUCAUUAAAGACGAACGAUUUGAAAGUGUUACAGAAAGAAAUGAAGAUUCACUCGCCGAAUGUCUUGGUAGUAUCGUUAGUAAUGGACAAUGUUCAGCAAUCAUAUCUACAUCUCCAAAUUCAUUAUCUCCGAAUCAUCAGAAUACUAUAAAUAUUCCGUCACCAAACUCGUAUUCAUCGAGUGUAACAGCUAUACAAAGUCAUCCACAUCAUACAUCAUCAACAUCAAAUAUAAACUCGACUUAUCUCGGUACGUCACCGAAUAAUAAUAUGUCGUCGUCGUCUAUCGGUGGUCAAAAAUUUAGCAAUAUAUCGAUAACAAAUAUAAAUCCAAAAUAUCACAGUUAUUAUAAUCAUCAUAGUCCACAAUCAACUCAGACCUCGCAGCGUUCACCAAAAAAAUCUACAACGUACGAGGAAACGGGAAAUAGUGGCGUAUAUUCUGUAAAUCAUUCUGGAACAGUAAUUUCUACUAUAACACGUCCGACUAAACAUCAGUUAAAUACUUCACUUUCCAAUUAUCACUCGCAUCAUUCACAUCCACAGAGACAUAGUUCGGGAGAUGACUCGGGCAAUGAAUCUCAGAAUUUAAUUAAUUCAAAUAAUACAUCUCAUUUUGUCGUUGUGGCAAUUGAUUUUGGAACAACAUUUAGUGGAUAUGCAUUUGCUUUUACACGUGAUGGUGGAGAUAUGAUACAUAUGAUGAGAAAAUGGGAAGGUGGUGAUCCCGGAGUUAUCAAUCAAAAAACGCCAACAACAAUAUUAUUAACGCCAGAUGGUACAUUUCAUUCAUUCGGUUUUCUUGCACGAGAUUUUUUCCAUGAUCUUGAUCCAGAUGAAGCAAAAAAGUGGCUCUAUUUUGAAAAAUUCAAAAUGCAUUUACAUUACACACAGGAUUUGAAUACUCAAACGUUGAUAGCUGCGAGUAAUGGACGAAAAGUGGCAGCAUUAACAAUUUUUACUCAUGCACUAGGCUAUUUUAAAGAUCAUGCAUUGAGAGAACUAAGCGAUCAAUCGGGUACAAGAUUCAUGAAUGAAGAUGUGCGUUGGGUAAUUACUGUACCAGCCAUUUGGCGUCAACCGGCCAAACAAUUUAUGCGUGAAGCAGCUUAUCAAGCCGGAAUAGCAUCACGAGAAUUUCCUGAUCAAUUAUUAAUUGCAUUAGAACCAGAAGCUGCAUCAAUUUAUAUUCGAAAAUUAAGAAUGCAUCAGUUUAUGUCGGAUGAACCAUAUACUCGUACAAUAGUAAGACGUGAUAAUUUUCCAUCAUCAUCAUUUUCAGAUCAAUCGCCGGUGAUUGCUGACUCAACAAAAUUAUCAAACGACCAUGAAUAUCAUAAUAAUAAUAGUCAAACACUGGAAUUAAUGUUAGAUAGAGGUAUGCAAAAACAGCAAUUGGUUUUUGUUAAGUCGUACUAUUUAUCUUGUAUAUUAAGAUGUUUAAUUUUUAUUCCAGGUACUCGUUAUAUGGUUGUUGAUUGUGGUGGUGGAACUGUAGAUAUUACCGUUCAUGAAUUAGACAAUAAAUUAGGAACAUUAAAAGAACUGUACAAAGCAACAGGUGGACCAUUCGGUUCGGUUGGUGUUGAUCAAGAAUUUGAGAAAUUAAUGCAUACAAUAUUUGGCAUUGAAGUUAUGGAAGAAUUUAAAAUGCGACGUCCAGCGGGUUAUGUUGAUUUAAUGAUUGCAUUUGAAGCAAGAAAACGAACAGCGAGUCCAUAUAAAAAUAAUCCAUUAAACAUAUCAUUACCAUUUUCAUUUAUUGAUUUUUAUAAAAAAAAAAAGGGUUCAACUGUUGAAUCCGCUAUUCGAAAAAGCAAUGAUCCCGAGAUAAAAUGGUCAACACAAGGCAUGAUGCGUUUAACUCCUGAAGCAAUGAAACGUUUAUUUCAACCAACUGUUGAUAAAAUUAAAAGUUCUAUUGGAGAAGUAUUAAAUAGUCCAAAUGUACGAGGUAUUCAAUAUCUUUUUCUUGUUGGCGGCUUUGCAGAAUCACCAAUUUUACAACAUGAUAUUAGAAGAUCAUUUUCAUCCAUCCUUAAAGUAAUUAUACCGCAAGAUGUAUCACUUACAAUUUUAAAAGGAGCAGUAUUAUUUGGUUUGGAUCCGACUAUUGUUAAUGUUCGUCGUUCUCGUUUAACAUAUGGUGUAUCGGUUUUAAAUCGAUUCAUCGAUGGUUUUCAUUCAUCCGAAAAGAAAAUAAUUAAAGAUAAUAUUGAAUGGUGUGCUGAUAUAUUCGAUAAGUUUGUACUUGUUGAUCAAUCGAUAGGUUUAGGUGAUACAGUAAUUCGAAAAUAUACGCCAGCACGUUUUAAUCAAGCUCAAUGUAUAAUUAGUUUUUAUUGUUCGGAAAGUGAUAAACCUAUGUACGUCACGGAUUCUGGUGUGAGAAAAAUUGGCACACUUGUAUUAGAUAUGUUGUUACAUGAUGAUAAAAAAAUAAAUGGCGGUGAUACAACUACGCAACGUCGACGAGAAGUUCAAACACGAAUGGUAUUUGGUGAUACAGAGAUAAAAGUGAGCGCAUUAGAUGUAACAACCGGAAAAUGUGUUCGUGCCACAAUUGAUUUUUUGAAUAAAUAG